UUGUGUGUUUCUGGUCGUAUCAGUUUAUUUAAUACUGAACACAAGUCUGAUCUAAGCUAUAGAGAUUGAGAAUCACAGUAGUGGUGUGGAGUGAUCUUUAUUUCUCUCAUUGCAUGUAGAGACCUUUCAGAUUCAUGCUUUAGUUUCAAGGAGCUCUACAUGAUGCUGGCAGGCAGAACUGUUUAAACAAAUCUAAUGUGGGGGUUUACAUGGGAAUGGAAGUUUACACACUUUAUAUUCAUGUUUAUUGCAUCUCUUGCCUGGUUAGUUCUGUGGGUGCUUACAAGCACCAAUAAGUAUACAUGCAAAUCUUUCAGAGCACUAAAAAUAAACUUCAUUAUCAAAUCUGUCAAACUUUUCAACAGUAACCUUUGUCUUCUGUGAAAGAAAUGCUGUCAUUUUCUAAGCAGUAUUCCUGAGGAUCUUAUGCUUGAGUGGUUACAUGUGUGGGUGCUUUUUAUACAUGUUUGAAUAUUUCUCUGCUCAGAACUGUCUUUGUUUGUAACCAGGAGGUCCCCGGUUCAAAUCCCACCUCAGCCACUGACUCAUAGUGUGACCCUGAGGAAGUCAUUUAACCUCCUUGUGCUCCGUCUUUCGGGUGAGACGUAAUUGAAAUUUGUUCAGAAGACAAAAUUGGAUUAUCCUUCUGAAAGAGAAGAUUCAACGAUGGAGCCUGUCCAUAUUAAACAGGAGAGUCCUGUACUAGAAUCAGUCCAUAUUAAAGAGGAGAGUACUGUACUAGAAUCAGUCCAUAUUAAACAGGAGAGUCCUUUACUAGAAUCAGUCCAUAUUAAACAGGAGAGUGCUGAACUAGAAUCAGUCCAUAUUGAAGUGGAGAGUCCUGUCAUAAUGUCAGUCCUUAUUGAAGAGGCAAGUCCUGUACUAGAAUCAGUCCAUAUUGAAAGGGGUAUUCUCAAUUCUAAACCCUUAAGCAGCUUGCAGGGCUCUCUCCCCUGUCCUGGAUGUGGGAAAGGUUUUAAUCCUGAAGGGAACCCUGGCGGCACUAUAUCCUGCACAGGAUGUGGGAUAAGUUUUUGUCAGUUACAAAACAUGAAACUUUACCAGCUUAUCCCCACUGGAGAGAAGCGAUUUUUCUGUACUGAAUGUAGGAAGAGUUUCAGCCGGAUAAGCAACUUGAAACUGCACCAGCAAAUCCACACAGGAGAGAAACGACAUGUCUGUGCUGACUGUGGGAAGAGUUUCAGACAGUCAAGCGACUUGAAAUCCCACCAGCGAAUCCACACUGGAGAGAAACCAUAUGUCUGCGCUGACUGUGGGAAGUGUUUCAGAAAUUUACGAAACCUGAAACUUCACCAGCUAGUUCACACAGGAGAGAAACGACAUCACUGUAAUGACUGUGGCAAGAGUUUCAGUCGGGUAGAAAAAUUGAAAAUACACAGGCGAAUUCACACAGGCGAGAGACCUCAUGUCUGUGCUGACUGCGGGAACAGUUUCAGUCAGUCCGGCACUUUGAAAAGACACCAGCAAAUUCACACAGGAGAGAAGCCACAUCACUGUCCCUGCUGCGGGAAGAGUUUCAGCCGGAUAAGCAUCUUGAAAUUGCACCAGCAGAUCCACACAGGAGAGAAACAGUAUGUCUGUGCUGACUGUGGGAAGAAUUUCAGACAUUUACAAAACCUCAAACUUCACCAGCGAAUCCACACUGGAGAGAAACCGUAUGUCUGUGCUGACUGUGGGAAGAGUUUUACUGCUUCAGCUUCUCUUAAAAAACACAAAUGCAAGUUGUGAAAGUUUAGGCAGAAUGUGAGUGUGUGUUCAUUCACCCGCACUCAGAAAUCCCAGUCGUUUUAAACAGCAGCUUAAUAUAGAAACUGUGAGAACUCUGAGUGUCUACAGAUGACGCAGAUCCAUCAAUAUUCAAGACACUGUUGUGAAGCCGUUACAUUAUAAAGCACUUUCCUAUGUUUUAUAUCAUUAAUAUCAUUGACUGACCCUUUAAACUAGUUUUAAAACACAGCCUGCUGUCUUUCCAGCUGAUAUCUGUGUAACUCUUCCUAA